AUGCUCUCCCGGACGCCCCAGAGCAUCGCGAUGCUCUCCCCAGACGCCCCAGAGCAUCGCGAUGCUCUCCCCGGACGCCCCAGAGCGUCGCGAUGCUCUCCCCGGACGCCCCAGAGCGUCGCGAUGCUCUCCCCAGCCGCCCCAGAGCGUCGCGAUGCUCUCCCGGACGCCCCAGAGCGUCGCGAUGCUCCCCGGACGCCCCAGAGCGUCGCGAUGCUCUCCCCAGCCGGCCCAGAGCGUCGUGAUGCUCUCCCCGGACGCCCUAGAGCGUCGCGAUGCUCUCCCCGGACGCCCCACAGCGUCGCGAUGCUCUCCCCGGACGCCCCAGAGCGUUGCGAUGCUCUCCCCGGACGCCCCAGAGCAUCGCGAUGCUCUCCCCGGACGCCCCAGAGCAUCGCGAUGCUCUCCCCGGACGCCCCAGAGCGUCGCUAUGCUCUCCCCGGACGCCCCAGAGCGUCGCGAUGCUCUCCCCGGACGCCCCAGAGCAUCGCGAUGCUCUCCCCGGACGCCCCAGAGCGUCGCGAUGCUCUCCCCGGACGCCCGAGAGCGUCGCGAUGCUCUCCCGGACGCCCCAGAGCGUCGCGAUGCUCUCCCCAGCCGCCCCAGAGCGUCGCGAUGCUCUCCCCAGCUGCCCCAGAGCGUCGCGAUGCUCUCCCCGGACGCCCCAGAGCGUCGCGAUGCUCUCCCCGGACGCCCCAGAGCGUUGCGAUGCUCUCCCCGGACGCCCCAGAGCGUCCCGAUGCUUCUCCCAGGAUGCCCCAGAGCGUCGCGAUGCUCUGCCCGGACGCCCCCCAGAGCGUCGCUAUGCUCUUCCCGGACGCCCGCCUGAGCGUCGCGAUGCUCUCCCCGGAAGCCCCAAUCAUCGCGAUGCUCUCCCCGGACGCCCCUGAGCGUCGCGAUGCUCUCCCCGGACGCCCCAGAGCGUCGCGAUGCUCUACCAGGACGCCCAGAGCGUCGCGAUGCUCUCCCCAGCCGCCCCAGAGCGUCGCGAUGCUCUCCCCGGACGCCCCAGAGCGUCGUGAUGCUCUCCCCGGACGCCCCAGAGCGUCGCCACGCUCUCCCCGGACGCCCCAGAGCGUCGCGAUGCUCUCCCCGGACGCCCCAGAGCAUCGCGAUGCUCUCCCCAGACGCCCCAGAGCAUCGCGAUGCUCUCCCCGGGACGCCCCAGAGCGUCGCGAUGCUCUCCCCGGACGCCCCAGAGCGUCGCGAUGCUCUCCCCGGACGCCCCAGAGCGUCGCGAUGCUCUCCCCGGACGCCCCAGAGCGUCGCGAUGCUCUCCUCGGACGCCCCAGAGCGUCGCGAUGCUCUCCCCGGACGCCCCAGAGCGUCGCGAUGCUCUCCCCGGACGCCCCGAGUGAGAGCGUCGCGAUGCUCUACCCGGACGCCCCCAGAGCGUCGCGAUGCUCUCCCCAGCCGCCCCAGAGCGUCGUGAUGCUCUCCCCGAAACGCCCUAGAGCGUCGCGAUGCUCUCCCCGAACGCCCCAGAGCGUCGCGAUGCUCUCCCCGGACGCCCCAGAGCGUCGCGAUGCUCUCCCCGGACGCCCCCAGAGCGUCGCGAUGCUCUCCCCGGACGCCCCCAGAGCGUCGCGAUGCUCUCCCCGGACGCCCCCAGAGCGUCGCGAUGCUCUCCCCGGACGCCCCAGAGCGUCGCGAUGCUCUCCCCGGACGCCCCAGAGCGUUGCGAUGCUCUCCCUGGACGCCCCCAGAGCAUCGCGAUGCUCUUCCCGGACGCCCCAGAGCGUCGCUAUGCUCUCCCCGGACGCCCCAGAGCGUCGCUAUGCUCUCCCCGGACGCCCAAGAGCAUCGCGAUGCUCUCCCCGGGACGCCCCAGAGCGACGCGAUGCUCUCCCCGGACGCCCCCCAGAGCGUCGCGAUGCUCUCCCCGGACGCCCCAGAGCGUCGCUAUGUUCUCCCCGCACGCCCCAGAGCGUCGUGAUGCUCUCCCCGAACGCCCUAGAGCGUCGCGAUGCUCUCCCCGAACGCCCCAGAGCGUCGCGAUGCUCUCCCCGGACGCCCCAGAGCGUCGCGAUGCUCUCCCCGGACGCCCCAGAGCGUCGCGAUGCUCUCCCCGGACGCCCCAGAGCGUCGCUAUGCUCUUCCCGGACGCCCCAGAGCAGCGUCGCGAUGCUCUCCCUGGACGCCCCAGAGCGUCGCGAUGCUCUCCCCCGACGCCCAAGGAGCGUCGCGAUGCUCUCCCCCGGACGCCCCAGAGCGUCGCGAUGCUCUCCCCGGACGCCCCAGAGCGUCGCGAUGCUCUCCCCGGACGCCCCAGAGCGUCGCGAUGCUCUCCCCGGACGCCCCAGAGCAUCGCGAUGCUCUCCCCGGACGCCCCAGAGCAUCGCGAUGCUCUCCCCGGACGCCCCAGAGCAUCGCAAUGCUCUCCCCGGACGCCCCAGAGCGUCGCGAUGCUCUCCCCGGACGCCCCAGAGCGUCGCCACGCUCUCCCCGGACGCCCAAGAGCGUCGCCAUGCUCUCCCCGGACGCCCCAGAGCGUCGCGAUGCUCUCCCCGGACGCCCCAGAGCGUCGCGAUGCUCUCCCCAGACGCCCCAGAGCAUCGCGAUGCUCUCCCCGGACGCCCCAGAGCGUCGCGAUGCUCUCCCCGGACGCCCCAGAGCGUCGCGAUGCUCUCCCCGGACGCCCCAGAGCGUCGCGAUGCUCUCCCCCGGACGCCCCAGAGCGUCGCGAUGCUCUCCCCGGACGCCCCAGAGCGUCGCGAUGCUCUCCCCGGACGCCCCAGAGCGUCGCGAUGCUCUCCCCGGACGCCCCAGAGCGUCGCGAUGCUCUCCCCGGACGCCCGAGAGCGUCGCGAUGCUCUACCCGGACGCCCCCCAGAGCGUCGCGAUGCUCUCCCCAGCCGCCCCCAGAGCGUCGUGAUGCUCUCCCCGAACGCCCUAGAGCGUCGCGAUGCUCUCCCCGAACGCCCCAGAGCGUCGCGAUGCUCUCCCCGGACGCCCCAGAGCGUCGCGAUGCUCUCCCCGGACGCCCCAGAGCGUCGCGAUGCUCUCCCCGGACGCCCCAUGAGCGUCGCGAUGCUCCUCCCCGACGCCCCAGAGCGUCGCGAUGCUCUCCCCGGACGCCCCAGGAGCGUCGCGAUGCUCUCCCCGGACGCCCCCAGAGCGUUGCGAUGCUCUCCCUGGACGCCCCAGAGCAUCGCGAUGCUCUCCCCGGACGCCCCAGAGCGUCGCUAUGCUCUCCCCGGACGCCCCAGGAGCGUCGCUAUGCUCUCCCCCGGACGCCCAAAGAGCGUCGCGAUGCUCUCCCCGGACGCCCCAGAGCGCCGCGAUGCUCUCCCCGGACGCCCCAGAGCAUCGCGAUGCUCUCCCCGGACGCCCCCAGAGCGUCGCUAUGUUCUCCCCGCACGCCCCAGAGCGUCAGCGUCGCGAUGCUCUCCCUGGACGCCCCAGAGGCGUCGCGAUGCUCUCCCCCGACGCCCCAAGAGCGUCGCGAUGCUCUCCCCGGACGCCCCAGAGCGUCGCGAUGCUCUCCCCGGAACGCCCGAGAGCGUCGCGAUGCUCUCCCACGGACGCCCCGGAGCGUCGCUAUGCUCUCCCUGGACGCCCCAGAGCAUCGCGAUGCUCUCCCCGGACGCCCCAGAGCAUCGCAAUGCUCUCCCCGGACGCCCCCAGAGCGUCGCGAUGCUCUCCCGGACGCCCCAGAGCGUCGCGAUGCUCUCCCCCGGACGCCCCGAGAGCGUCGCGAUGCUACUACCCGGACGCCCCAGAGCGUCGCGAUGCUCUCCCCAGCCGCCCCAGAGCGUCGUGAUGCUCUCCCCGGACGCCCUAGAGCGUCGCGAUGCUCUCCCCGAACGCCCCAGAGCGUCGCGAUGCUCUCCCCGGACGCCCCAGAGCGUCGCGAUGCUCUCCCCGGACGCCCCAGAGCGUCGAUAUGCUCUCCCCGGACGCCCCAGAGCGUCGCGAUGCUCUCCCCAGCCGCCCCAGAGCAUCGUGAUGCUCUCCCCGGACGCCCCAGAGCGUCGCGAUGCUCUCCCCGGACGCCCCAGAGCGUCGCGAUGCUCUCCCCCGACGCCCAAGAGCGUCGCGAUGCUCUCCCCCGGACGCCCCAGAGCGUCGCGAUGCUCUACCCGGACGCCCCAGAGCGUCGCGAUGCUCUCCCCGGACGCCCCAGAGCGUCGCUAUGCUCUCCCUGGACGCCCCCAGAGCAUCGCGAUGCUCUCCCCGGACGCCCCCAGAAGCGUCGCGAUGCUCUCCCCGGACGCCCCAGAGCGUCGCGAUGCUCUCCCCGGACGCCCCAGAGUGUCGCGAUGCUCUCCCCGGACGCCCCAGAGCGUCGCGAUGCUCUCCCCGGACGCCCCAGAGCGUCGCUAUGCUCUCCCUGGACGCCCCAGAGCAUCGCGAUGCUCUCCCCGGACGCCCCAGAGCAUCGCAAUGCUCUCCCCGGACGCCCCAGAGCGUCGCGAUGCUCUCCCCGGACGCCCCAGAGCGUCGCGAUGCUCUCCCCGGACGCCCGAGAGCGUCGCGAUGCUCUACCCGGACGCCCCAGAGCGUCGCGAUGCUCUCCCCAGCCGCCCCAGAGCGUCGUGA